AUGGACGUUUCUGCACUUAUCGAGUCGAUCCAGUCGGCCACCACUUCUGGAAAACUCGAAACUUUGGACCCCAAACAACGAGCUCAACUUUAUAAAGCUUGUGAUCGAUUGGGGAGCCAAUGUGAAUCUCCUGUAGAUAAGACACUCAGGCUUCUUUAUACUUGCCACCAAGCGAUCGCAGUCCGUCUCGCUGUAGAUUUGAAGCUCUUCGAUAAAAUCGCCAAGCGUGCCUCGGAAAACGAAGAUGGCAAAGUGUAUGUGAGCCAACUUGCCGAAGAUGUCAAAGCAGAUCCGAAACUAGUUGGAAGGAUCAUGAGGGCACUUGUGCCAUUGGAUAUUCUCAAGCAACAUACAUCCGAUACAUUCUCAUCCACGAGAUUCACUAUGGCCUAUAUUUCGACGUCUUGGAUGUCCGCAGCGGUGAUAUUCUUCACUCAUUUGUUUCUUUUUGUCUCCCAGCUGCCCGAAUUUUUCAAGGAGAAAGGGUGGAAAAUGCCAGAUGAUAUUGAUGACUCCCCAUGGAGUUUUGCCGUCGGGUCCAAGUGUCGAUACUUUGAUUACAUGGCAUCGAAACCUUACUACCAAGACGCCUUCGACACCGUUAUGGCCUCCCCCUACCGCCGCGAUGAGAAAGAUUGGCUAGAUUUCUUCCCCGUUAAGGAGAAGCUGCAAGUGCAGAGCCCCUCCGAGGUUCUUCUAGUGGAUGUCGGAGGUGGUCGGGGUAAAGAUCUCCAGGCCUUCCGCGAGAAGUUCCCAGAUUUACCGGGGAGGCUUAUUCUUCAGGAUUUAGCCCAUGUCUUUGGGUCCUCAGAUCUUCCCGGAGGGAUCGAGACUCAAGUCCAUGAUUUCUUUGAUGAACAGCCCGUAAAAGGCGCAAAGGCAUACUACCUCCGAACUGUGCUCCACGACUGGCCAGACAAGCAGGCUGUGGAGAUCCUAUCGAGGCUUCGUGAAGCAAUGGCUCCCGAUUCUUUGGUACUGAUUCAUGAGAAGGCUAUGCCGGAGACUAAUAUCCCGUGGAUGGCUGCGAUUGGUGAUAUGACGAUGAUGACCGCUUUCGCGUCGUCAGAACGAACCAAGAAUGAGUGGGAGACACUAUUGAACAAGGCUGGGUUGAAGAUCACCGGAUUUUGGAAGCCCGAGGGCUCGUCCGCAGAACAACAAGUUAUCAUAGAGGCUGCCGUCCCUUAA